GCGCAGCCGCCGCGGCCCCCCGCAGCUCCACCCCCGGCCCGGCCCGGCCCCCGGCCCAUCGCCCGCCGCCCCGCAUGGAGCUGUCAGCCAUAGGCGAGCAGGUGUUUGCGGUGGAGAGCAUCCGGAAGAAGCGCGUGCGGAAGGGCAAAGUGGAGUAUCUGGUGAAGUGGAAAGGAUGGCCCCCCAAGUACAGCACAUGGGAGCCAGAGGAGCACAUCCUGGACCCCCGCCUUGUCAUGGCCUACGAGGAGAAGGAGGAGAGAGACCGAGCGUCAGGGUAUAGGAAGAGAGGUCCGAAACCCAAGCGGCUUCUGCUGCAGCCGCGCAAGGCCCACAAGUACCUGCGGCUCUCACGCAAGAAGUUCCCGCCACGCAGCGGGUCCCACCUGGAGAGUCACAGCCAUCGACGGGAGCUCUCCCUGCAGGAGCCACCAGCCCCAGAUGUCCUGCAGGCCGCCAGCGACUGGGAGCCUGUGGAGCAGCCCCCUGAGGAGGCGGCAGAAGCAGACCUGGCCAAUGGGCCCCCUCCCUGGACACCCACGCUCCCCUCAAGUGAAGUGACCGUGACUGACAUCACCGCCAACUCCGUCACCGUCACCUUCCGUGAGGCUCAGGCUGCCGAGGGCUUCUUCCGAGACCGCAGUGGGAAGCUGUGAACAGCGGCUUCCCUUCUUCUUAAACUGUGUUCCUUGGGGCUUGGGUGAGGAAUUCCAGAGACAGGAGGGGCUGGGAGCACAACAAAUACUUUAUUUAAGAAAAAAAAGCAGAAGCAUGGGGAAGACCCCACCACCCUGCCCUUGCCCCAUGAGGGUUGUUUACAAAGGGGCCUCUGGGACAGGGAGGGAAGGCCAGUGUUGUCUGGUUCUCAUCUCCAGGGCAGAUGGGGAUGGGCUCCCCUGCCCAGUAUGUCUCUGUCAUUAUCUUACAGAGGCUGAUCCUAGGAGUCGGAGGAGCCCAGGAGGUCCAGACCUUGCCUUGGCAGUCACCCCAGCUUUCUGGUGGUGUCCCCUCUCUGUUCCUUGGCUUGGGUCUUUACUAUGAACUUUCCACUCCAGCUUUGUGGUGGGACAUGGAGGCUGGCUUUGGCCACCAGGGGCAGGAUCAGGACAAAGGGUGUGGACUGGACCAGAGAAGAGGUUGCCUACCAAGCCUCCUCUGAAUGUCCUGUCCCCUCAUCACUGGCCUGUGUAGAGAUGCCCAUGAACACAUCCAGCCACCCCAGUGUGUACACACUGCCUGUGUGUGUGUUCACACCUGCCCCAUGUUUAUAGACACCUUUAGAAACUGAUCAGGUGAACAUGGCCUAAUUCACAGCACAAAUGAACGUGCCACGGCACCGUCACUCCACCUUGCACAUAUGACAUGGGACAGGAUCAGACAGCUUGGGCCCACCCUGGGCCUGAUGAUGGCAUCUGAUCUCCCAACCACAGAUAGAACCAGGCUCCAGGUGUGCCGGCUGCAGAUGCUUCCGCACAGGAUUGUAGACACUUGGCCCUUCCUUCCUCCCACAGGAGUUCAUGUUCUUUCUGACUCAGGUGACUUUUCAGCCCUUCCAGCCUCCCCCCCCACCCCCUUCUCUACCCUCUCUUGUGGCUCAGCUGAUCUGGGCAUCCAUGGAUGCCAGUGGGUGUGGGCAGUCAGGGAGGGAGUAUCCCCCACUUUCUCAGGGCAGUUCUUGUCUUCUGUGUUCCCUCCCCACCCAACCUGAAUGGCACAGCUAGGGAUGACCCCUCACACCCUGUGGGGAUUGAACCGUGGUACAUGGUGAGUCAGGCUGCUCACAGGCCUGUGCUCCUGUGAGGGGAGCAGUUCACUGCUUUGCAAAGGUGUCCUGGAGGCUGACACUUUCCUCCCUGAGGAGGGGCAACUCCUUGGUCAUUGCAUUGCUCUCUUGCCCCUGCAGCCCCCAGUUCUGCUGUGUUUUUAGGAGGCCAACAGAGUUUGUGUGAGCAGGGGCGGGGCCACUCACUCCUAGACUCUCCCAUUCCCGAACCAAAGAGCCUGUACCCUGUGUCUGUCUGGGAUUCUGUCCUCAAAUUUCUCAAGUCCCUGGUCUCCCCCCUCCUCCUCCUCAGUUCUUAGUUGUCCAGGGUUAACUCAGUGCUUCCAUUGGGGGCAGUCUCCUGUGGGUGACCUGCUUCACCUCCGUCCUGGAACCUGAAUCGUGAGAAUGUCGGGGUGGGCUAGGGAAAGGAGAGUCAGGAGGAGCCCCAGCUCAGAGAAGGUGAGGGUGGGUGGCGAAAGCUUUUCUUUGCAGCUGGGUUUGCUCCCCCACAAUACUGGGGGACAGCAUCCUGUGGGGGUCAUGCUCCCCAUCCCUAGGGGCAUGAGACUAAAUGCCUGUGCAACUUGGACCAGGAGGCUCCAGUGGGGAGAAGAGGCCUUUCCGGGCAGCUGUCUUCUGUCUUCAGCAGUAGGCAGUGUCCUUUUCUCCCAUGUGGCCCUUUAUGAAACCCACCAGCUUGGGGAGAUUGUGGCCUAGGCUGGGAUCCCUCAGGGCAGCCAUGUGGCUCUGGACUGCUGUGGACUGGUUCCCUAGGGAGAACGGCUGCAAGCUUUGAGUGGCUACACAGGCUUCUCCCAGCCUGAAGCUACCCAAGUGGACAGUACCCCUACACACACUAACCCCUACAAGGCCAGUACUCGAGUGAGGAGUGGUGGCCGCCUGCCUAUCUUCCCCUUGGCCCCACCCACUUGAAUGUAGAGGUUGGGGUGAAGAUGUGCCUCAGCCUCUGGUGUGGGCACUUGAAGUGCCACAGCUGAGCCCAUUCGGGCUGUGUGGUUAUCAUCUGGUAAGAUGGUGAUCUCAUUGCCAAGUUCCUCCCACCUCCUGCCCACUGGGGAAGGAGCUCAGUGUCAGUGAGGUGGUAGAGUUUUUUGCUUUAAGUGGCGGACCAGACCUGGCCGCCAGGUCUCAGCACAAGACCGCUUCCUUUGCACAGAAUGAGCUCCGAGCUUUGUUCAGACUACAUGAAUGUAUUGGGAGGGAUUGGGAUGGGGCACAGACCUUCCCCUGGGGGAUGUGUGCUGGGGAGAAUCAGCAGGUGCAGAGUGCAGUUUUAUUUUUGUACUGAUGGGUAAGAGACUGUAUAGCAUCUAUUUAUUUAGAUGAUUUGUCUGGUAGAUGAGGCAAAAAUUAUUAAAAAUACAUUAAAAUGAUUUAAACAUU